GUCCUCACAGCAUCUAGUGAACUGUGUGGACUACUUCUUCUUGUGAAGCCAUGGCGAUGAAGUGGAUCACAAAUUGUCUUGUGGUAGUGGCCGUGCUUGGUUAUGCAUGUGAUGGUGCCCCUCAGAAGCCUCAAAAACCUAAUCCUCAAGGACAGGUUAUUCCUGAGCCACCAAUCACCUGGGAAUUUCCUAGAGAUCCUGCGCCAGAUUCCUCGACAGGGGUGGUUGUUGAUGUGCCCUUACCUCCUGUUACCAACUCUGUUUCUGUUUCGUGCCUAGAAAGCCAGGUCAAUGUCAUGGUGAAGAGGGACAUGUUUGGUACUGGUCAGUUAAUCAAAAGUUCUGAUCUGAUGUUGGGAAGUUGUGCUGUCUCGCAAGAGAUAGCGACAGAUUUGCUCUUUCAGUCUGAUCUGGUGUCAUGUGGCAGCCACGUCACGAUGAAUGAGGAAUCGUUGGUAUACUCCUACCUUGUGACCUAUACACCUACCUCUGUGCCAAAUGUCCCUAUUGUGAGGACUGGCAAAGCUGAAAUUAGAGUGGAGUGCCACUACCAAAGGAAACACAAUGUGAGCAGUUUAGCUGUGAAUCCACGGUGGAUCCCAUUCUCUACUACUAGGGUGGCAGAAGAAUUACUUUACUUUUCUUUGAAACUCAUGACUGAUGAUGGGAGGUUUGAGAGGAUAAACAACAAUUACAUACAAAGCGAUUUGAUUAGAAUGGAGGCCUCUGUCAAAAGAUACAUGCACGUUCCCCUGCGUGUCUACGUGGACAGCUGUGUGGCCACCCUUCAACCUGAAGUAAACUCCUCACCCAGAUAUGUUUUCAUCGGCAACAACGGUUGUAUGCUUGAUGGUCAGGCAACUGGGUCUGCCUCCACAUUCUUUCAACGGGUAGAUGACACUAAGCUUCAGUUCCAGCUUGAAUCCUUUAUGUUCGUGGGCCAGAACCUGGGCCAGAACAUAAUCGAGAACGUGGGCCAACAUGGCAAGAUACCUGGCAAGACAUCUCCAGCAAGGUCAAUGAAAAUCUACAUUACCUGCUACUUGAAGGCAUCCACUGCUGCCCGGAGUAUUGACAGUACCUACAAAGCCUGCUCCUUUGCCAAUGGAUGGAAAGAGUCCAAUGGAAAUCAUGCAGCUUGUGCCUGCUGUAACUCUGACUGUGGUGGGAGAAAGGUUCGCGAAGUGACCAUAGAUGCAGAUCACGAAUGGGAAGCUACAGCCAGCAUCGCUAUCACUGUUGGAGAGGAACAGAUGGAUUAACUCCAUCCACAUUCUUAACAAUAGCUUGAACAAUAGCGUGACCAUUUUAAUAAACAUUUGGAAUGGUA